AUGGGCGCGGCUUGCGUGGCGCCGCGCCAGGCGCAUGGCGAGGAAGACCUCUCUGCGGAUCUCACUCGUCAGGUGCCACUCCGGCCCUACAAGCGCAACUCCCUGGAGGAGUUGCGGCGCUACCUGGAGGAGGCCGACAUCAUGCUCGUACGGCCGGAAUACCUGGUUCAACUUCACCGGGAAGGACGUGUGUGGCCUAGGAGGCAAGAAGCCGAAAGGGAGCCCGGGGCACUGUACAGGCCCCCAAAGAAAGAAUAUUUCCGCUUCAUCGCCAUCUCGCACGCGUGGGAGUCCCGGGAGCACCCAGACCCCUGCGGCUUCCAGCUCGAGCAGAUCGUGCGGCGAAUUAAGUGGCAAGAAGACUUCCCCAACUUUCUUGAUUGGGAGCGCUGGUGGGGUGUUUACCCAGUGUUCUUCUUUAUUGAUUUCUUGUCCUUAUACCAGUACAAGCGCGAUCAGCCAGGUCAAGAAGAAGCUUUCCGACAUGCGAUGACGGCCAUGCACCUAUGCUACGCCAACUCGGACUCCGAGUUUUGCUUGGGCGUAUGGCGGAUCGAGCGCUUGACACCAGCAUCCUUCCUGCGGCGGCAGAUCAAGCAGGGCAGAACUCUGUCAGUCUAUCGCGAGGGCACUGGCCGGGUGGAAGAGGUAGGCAUCGCAGACCUGGUGCACAACGCCACGCCCUAUCUACAGCGUGGCUGGUGCUGCGCGGAGGUGGAGUGGAGCAAGCCCAAGUCGAUAGACAUCGGUCAGCGCGACGGCCUCUUUCAGCGCUGGGUCCGGGCAUGGUUGGAUCCUCCCAGCCGAGCUCUACCACCCUUCUUGUAUCGCAUAUGUAUGAUCUGCUGGAGUCUCUUCCCACCUGCCUCGACGGUGCCUCUCACGCCGAGUGCCUUCCGAGAGCAAGCCACCGGCUUGCAAUUCACCCACCGGUCCGACACGGAACCUGUACUCCGCUUGCAGAAGUUGGUCUUUGAGGAGAAGAUGGCCAGCACCGAGGAAGUGAGGUUUCUUAGGCUGCCCUUGGCGCAGAUCCCAAGGCUCCUCGAGGUGGUUCCACUCUAUGAGUGCCUCCGCGAAUUCCGGCUAUGCUACCAGUACGUCAGCCCAACACACAGCGAAACUUUGUUAAGGUUCCUACUGGUCAAGCCCGACCUUCAGAAACUGGAGUUUCUGUGCGUGCCCCUAGCCUCGAGUGCCAUUCUGGCGCUCAGGGACAGCCUCCAAGGCUUAGCUGUGCCGCCUUUGAGAACGGUCGCAUUUCGGGCUUGCAAUCUUGGCGACACUUCUGUCGAAUUCCUGGCAGAAGGUGUUGCGGCAAGCGCCACCUUGCAGGACCUGGACCUGACAGCCAACUCCGUCAGGAACGGAGGGGCCGUCGCCCUCGCGCACGCCCUCCGUGCAAGUACUUGUCGGCUGGAGAAGUUGACUCUUAACAGGAAUCGCAUAGGAAGCGCAGGUGUGCUAGCCCUUCACAAGGCAACAGUCGGGCCAAGACCUAUCAACAUUGAAAUUGAUCUUGGUGAUAACCCUGUCGGCUGGCAGGCCAGUUAUCUGAGCGAGACCCACAUCCGGGUGAACGACGGCACUGAUCUUGACAGACUCCAUUUUCGGCUGCUCUUUCCGCUUUCGGCUCUAGAGCACUGGCGUCAGCGGCUCUGCUUUGCCGUCGAGCAACUUCACUUCUCCGACGGCAAAUGGAUUGCGUCGGCUGCAUUGGUCAUACCUCUCAUGCUGGUGCUGUUCCAGGGGUUGUGCUUGCUUUGA